GUGAUGUCAGCGCCUCAUGAUCUCAAUAAGCGCAGAAGAAGAAGAUGUGAGUGGAGGGAGACAGAUGGAGUCGCGGAGUAAAGAAGCGGGUCUCUCCUAAACGUAUUUUAUGGCUCAAAGAGCGCCUUUCUCUCGGCCUGUCACGUACGGAUUAUGCAGAGAUGAAGCGCGUCCGGACCGAACAGAUCCAGCAUGCUGUGACCCAGUACCUGAAAAGGAGGCAGUACACAGACACAGAUGGGUCUCUGAAGGGAGCCAAACUCUCCCAGUCCGCUGAGGAGAUGGCUGCUAGUCUGACAGUUCAGACAGAGUCCAGCUGUACAAAUGUGGUGUCCGCAGCCCCCUGUCAAUCAGACCCACUGCAGUACGAGACCCAGUUCUCCAAACUGCGCUCCUUUCUACAAGAUGCAGACGCAUUAUGUACGAAGGAGGUGAGCGGUGUAUUAUUUCCACUCUUCCUCUACCUGCACUUGAACAUGGCGCGCUGUGGCCUGAAGGGGGCGGUAGACUCGUUUUACGGUCGUUUCCAUUCGCUCUUCCAGCAAGACCCUGAGCAGAAAGCCAUCGUGGAUUUGCUGCGAGGAGUCGUCUCGGUGCAGGAUGUGACCUCAAACCCAAAGCUAUGUUCCCUCCUGGAUCACAAGUAUGUAGUUCACCUGACAGAUCAAGCUUACAGCUACCUGCUGCGCUACCUGCAGAGUGAUGACAACAGCGCCAUCUGCUGGGUGCUCAGCACACAUAUACAGGUUGAAGUUACAGCGGUGCGCCGAACAGACUACCAGCUGUACGGGGCAGGGCUCGGAGCGGGAAACACAACCUCUUCGUCUGCCACCUACACUGCGGUUGACGGGACGGAGGGGGCGGAGCCUGUGGACGUCACCACCGGGUUACCUCAGAACGAGGCAGCGUUGGAUGCAUUGCAGGACUGUAUAAAGCGCGUACGAGAGGGUCCGCCUUCACUCACCACCGUCUGCUUCUACGCGUUCCAGCACACGGAUCAACUUCUCAAUACGGCGGAGGUGUCGGCGGACAGCCGCUUGCUUGCCGCCGGGUUUGAUAACUCGGCCGUGAAACUGUGGAGUUUACGGGCACGGAAACUGAAGGCGGGGCCUCACAGGACCGACGUGUCUAAAAUAAGACUCGCCUGUGACAUGCUGGAGGAAGAGGCAGACGAUGAGGACGCCUCAGGCAGUGAAAUUAAGACCCUGCGUGCUCACAGCGGCCCCGUCUACCGCACGGCCUUCCUCACCGACGGCUCCGGCCUGCUGUCCUGUUCAGAGGACUCCACCGUGCGCUUCUGGGAUCUGAACAGCUUUACCAACACAGUCCUGUACCAUGGCCACGCCUACCCUGUCUGGGACGUGGACGUCAGUCCCUGCAGCCUGUACUUCUCCACGGCAUCCCAAGACCGCACCGCUCGCCUCUGGAGCUUCGCGCGCACGUACCCGCUCCGCCUCUACGCCGGGCACCUCUCCGAUGUCGACUGCGUCAAAUUCCACCCCAACUCUAAUUACGUGGCAACCGGCUCUACUGACAAAACGGUGCGCCUGUGGAGCACGCAGCAGGGGGCGUCCGUCAGGUUGUUUACCGGGCACCGCGGGCCCGUGCAAUCGCUCGCCUUCUCGCCCAACGGGAAAUACCUGGCGUCGGCCGGAGAGGAUCAGAAACUGAAACUGUGGGACCUCGCAUCCGGCACCUUGUUCAAAGACCUUAGGGGUCACACGGAUAGCAUCACAAGCCUUUCCUUUAGCCCGGACAGUAGUCUGGUGGCCUCCGCGUCUAUGGAUAAUUCUGUGCGGGUGUGGGACAUACGGAACUCGCACGGCACCGCCCUGUCUGACGGCUCCAGCAGCGAGCUGAUUGGACAAUACACGGGCAACACUAGUAAUAUACUGAACGUCCAGUUUAUGGCCUGUAACUUGUUGCUGGUGACGGGCACUGCGCUAGAGAAACAAGAACAGUAGGAAGUGUGUGUGGAUGAAGGUCAUACGAACAUGUCCAGCUUUCAUCCCAAAAUCAAAAGGAAAACAUUGAGGAAUUAUAUUGUUUGGGAGAUAAAAUUGUUUAUUUUUUAGGCUUGUUAUUAUUCUCAUUGCUCAUUCUCACUUAGUUUUUAUUAAUGGUCAAGCAUGCAUAUAUUUUAGGGCUAUCAAAAGAUUAAUUGCGAUUAAUCGUAUGCAAAAUAAAAGUUUGUUUCUGCAUAAUGUGUGUGUGCACUGUGUGUAAUUAUUUUGUAUAUAUAAAAACACACACAUGCAUGUAUGUAUUUAAGAAACAUUAACAUUUGUAUAUAUAUAUUUAUUUAGAUUUUGAUACAAUUUAAAAUAUAUGUAAAUUUAAAAAAAAUCUUAAAUUUAUACAUAUAUGUGUGUGUUUAUAUAAGCAUAAUAUUACACAUAAUACUCGCACAAACUUUUAUUUUGUAUACGAUUAAUUGCAACCCUAAUACAUUUAUAAAAAAGGGCUUAAUGUCAUAAAAAUGUCAAUGCAAAACAAUUUACUAAUCUUAAAAUAGACUUUUUUUGAUUUUGGGUGAAAUGUGAGCUGGACAUGUUUCCCGACAGGUUUUUUGAGCCUCGCCCACGUGUGUGUGUUUUGUAAAUGUGUGCUUGAGAUGUUUUGGUUUAUUUAGUGAUGCCUCCUGAUGUCAGAGAGGUCUACAGCCUGCUUUUUUCAUAUAGAUGUAAAUAUUAGCCAUAUAUUUUUGUCAGAUCUCUCUGUUUAUCCAUUCUAACAUCAUCCAUUUUUCUUUAUUCUAGACUUUAAUCUUAGUUCAGAAAGUCGGGCUUAACAGAUCAACAAGAUAAACUGAGUUUAGUUUUAUUACAACAAUUGGUUCAUCAAAAAUAAUGCUGUUGUCUGCAGUAAAGCGCCAAAUACUGCGAAAAGCUUUGGGAAAUGCUGUUAAAGAGUCAAACAAAUUUAAAUUAAUUGGUUUAUUAGGAUUUCAGUUUUUAUUACCAUGCACUUAAUUUUGUUUUGAUCUUCUGUGAUUCUUUAAUGUUGUCUCAUUCAUGGAGGUCGACGUAUCUAAGAGCCACUUUGCUCCUUUUUGUAACUGAAAAAUAAAAACAAACUUCAAGUUGUAAAUAUAUUUUUGUAACAUUUC